AUGUCACUUGUUUUAUUGUGCAGAGAGAAAGAUUUCAAAGAAUUUGGCCAUGCUAAGGUGUUCUCUGAAUUUCUAGGCGACUUGAAGGAAUUGGAGGAGAAUGGGAUAGUGACAUCUCAUAAAACGGGUGAUGAUCCAAAUCUGUGUGGACCAGAGCGCACCAUUGAGAAGUACGAUUCUGCCAUUGAGCGCCUCCAGACUGAAGAUACAUCAGAAGGAGUGAAGUUCAGGUCAGUUUUCAACUCUUUAAAUUACUUUCAUGUUUGUCAGCCAGGUCUGCCACCUUGUCUAGGCCAUGACAUCUUUGAGGGCAUUUUGUCCUAUGAUGUUGCACUGUGUCUUAAGUAUUUCGUAAAGACAAAGAAAUGGUUCACUUACUCCACUCUGAAUCGGCGCAUUAAUCAGUUCAAAUACUGUGCAUCUGAUGCUUCUACAAAGCCGUGUACAGUCAAGCCUCUAGCAAAGAAACUGUCAGGACAGGCCAUACAGAACUGGAAUUUUCUGAGGCUGCUGCCCCUUUUAAUUGGUGACCUAGUGAAAGACACAGCUGAUGAUGUUUGGCAGUUGAUUCUGCAGCUAAAAGACAUUGUGGACAUGGCUUACCUCUCAGCAGGAUCACUUGGCCAAGUUGUCCUGCAAGUCAAAGACAGUUCCCCAUUUUACCUGGAACUCUACAGUCAAGCCAUUCAAGAUGCAGUCAGACAGUUUGGCUUCACUGAUAUUGACACACAGGAGGCUGAUCUUGCAUCAGUUUUACGACCAAUACAAGCGAGAAGAUUGGUUGCUGCAUGGAAACAAACCAUUCAGAGCCCUGAAACCCACAGCCAGUCAGCUGUCAGUCCUUCAGUCUCACCUCUCACCUCUUCUAACUCCACUCACUCCUCACUCUCACCUUGCACCUCAACCAGCAAUCUGAUUAGAACUGCAGAUUGGGUUGACAGCUUUCAGAUUCCAUGGGGAACAUUUCCUGAAGACUUGAUGCAGUGCUUGGAGAGAGGGAAAAGGCCAAGCCCACGUUUACGGCGUGAAAUGAUCCGGAUUGUUGUCUCUGCAAUGAUGAACACUUGUGCAUCUCCAAGUAAACUAGAGUCUACAGAAGUUGCCAAAAAAAUUGUUGCCAAGUAUCCACAGUCCCUAAAAGAUGUCAUAGAAGGUGAGGUAGUGGGAGCAGGAUAUCACUCACUAGUCAAACAGCUACAAGCCCGCAUUGACAACGUGAAGCGGCCUUCAGCAUCAAGGAUUAAGAGGCGUAAACCGGAAACGGGUGACUCAGACACAGAUGAAAUCCCAGCUGAGCAAAGGGCAGUUGUUCAGGACACAUAUGGCUGCAUAAAGUGGAAUUUGAAGUUCAUGCCAGUCAGUGAGACAUUGGAAAGCCAACAGGAGAAGAAGGAUAAAAUGAAGAUGCUUCGUGAACAGCAUACUUUCAGUCCAGAAGAGGUAAAAGCCCUUAUGAAGUGCACUUACUACUCCCAACGUCAAGCAAUAAACACAGGAACAGAUCUCCAACACCUAAUAGAAGAAUGGCCUUUUUUAUUUGAAGAAAUUGGGAUGACCGUCCAUUUCCUAGAGCUCACAGGACUACCACUUAAGGAUACUUUUCUCAAUAGUGUAGAAAAAAAGGGAAAACGGCUUUUGAACUUUAUGACAACUGUCUGUGCAGACAAGACCAAACGGGUCUUGGAGACUGCAAUAAAGCUGAAAUUUCUGAGAGGGCCGUUGGAGGGCAGCUCAGGUGACAUCAAGGAUAUGGUGCUGCUUAUUCUCUCCUACUUCAAUGAAAAAGAGGAGCACCUCUUCCACUACGUAGAGGAGACAUGCCUGGCAAAUGAAGUCCAAGUGGAAGGCUUGCCUGUGACCCCUUGCAUCAUUGUAUGUGGAACCUGCUGCUAUGGUGCAAGGCAGUUCAUGCUCAGCAUAGACGGCAAGAUUGUGAACGACCAAAUUUCCAACUUCACCACUGCAAUCUGCUUGAUGUUUGGUAGCUACUACUGCCUGAACAUCCACUAUCCAGUAGAUCUGGGUUCCACGCUUGAGUUCCUUCAGAGGUGUUUCUUCAACAUCAACCCUGAGAGGGGCACAAAAGUUGAAACAAAGAAGAACAAGAAGCAGCUGACAGUAAACCCGAGAGUCCUCACCCUCAUCGCUGAUCUCGCUGAUCAUGAGUGGAGACAGACAAAUUAAACUGUGAUGUACAUUUUGAUUGCCUACCUUUAUUAUUUUGAAAAUGGAAAAUUCUAGUUGCAAAUUUAGAUUUUAAUGUAAGUUUUACAUUAGUGAAGUGUUACGGGAUUUAAAGUAAAUUGGCAUACUGUACAUUUAAGAUGUGUUUGUGAUCGUGAUUUUUCAUAAUACAGUUUCAAGUGUAAGUGCGGAGUAAUUUUAACCCAGGGUCUUUUUUCAACAUGACAAAAGGUCGACCAGCCCUUCAAGAGACAUAUUUCGUUGAUCAGAGUUUGACUGUCUUCGGUGCUAACCACUCAAACAGCGCUAACAUUGCAGUGCUAAGGGCGGUGCGCCAAACUAAUCAAAAUCGCAUCAUUAAACUGAUCAAUGAAAUCUGUCUCUCAAAGGGCUAGGUUAAAAUUACUCUGGACUUAUACUUUAAGUUCGUUAUUUUUGUAAUUGUACAACACAAACAGUUUGUUAAGUGUGUACCACCAGUUUGUGUUUAUUGGAUGGAACGACUGUAAAUCCUCAAAUAAUAACUAUGCAAAUGUUAGAUUAGUGUUCUCAAAGGGCUGGUCGACCUGUUUUAUGCCGAAAAAGACCCUGGGUUUAAAUUACUCCAGACUUGCACUUUAAGUUUGUUAUUUUUGUUAAUUGACAAACACAAACAGUUUGUUUAGUGUUUGCCACCAGUUUGUGUUUAUUGGAUGGAACGACUGUAAAUCCUCAAAUAAUAACUAUGCAAAUGUUAGAUUAGUGUUCUCAAAGGGCUGGUCGACCUGUUUUAUGCCGAAAAAGACCCUGGGUUUAAAUUACUCCAGACUUGCACUUUAAGUUUGUUAUUUUUGUUAAUUGACAAACACAAACAGUUUGUUUAGUGUUUGCCACCAGUUUGUGUUUAUUGGAUAGAUCUACUGUGCAAAUGUUAUAUUAGUGUUCUAAAGUCAGUCUUUUCAAUUACUAUGCUGGAAUUAGAUUUUCUGAACAUUCUCCAGACUGUAACCAACAACUUUAAGAAAACUGCAAUAAAAUACUGUGAUAUAUGAUACAGUUGUGAUGUGUUUUUCAUAGUGAAAGAAUGUAAUGGGGUUAACAGAAUAUGUGGUAUUUCACAUUAGCUUACUGUAAACAGCUUCACAUUAUUGAUGUUGAUUAGCAGUAAAAUAAUGUGAUAGAUGAUACGGUUGUGAUGUGUUUUUUUCAUAGUGAAAGAAUGUAAUGGGGUUUACAGAAUAUAUUUUGUUUUUCACAGUAGUUUCUCGUUAACAGCUUCACAUUAUUGAUGUUUUUUUAGCAGGAAUUAACCUUAAACAAGUUUACAGUAUAUUUGUUUUUAAUAGUAAUUUACCUUAAAAGCAGCUGUUUUAAACUGUGAAAUUUACAGCUGGGAAUAAAGCUUACCGUAAUGUCCUUUACAUUGUCACCGUAUUUUUCACAGUGA